AUGAGCCUGGCUACAACUAGAGCACAAGGCGGCUACGCCGCCGCACUCAAAGCGCCCACCCGCCAUCCCUUCCAGCCACGCACAACACCCCCCCCCCCAGGCACCCCGCACGCCCCCGCAACCGCACCCGGCAUCCACAACAUUUCCUCCAGCCCCCGUCGACCCCCCGCCCGGCCUCGCGAGCCGUCAAACGCUGCGUUUGGUCCCUCCCAAUCCCGAGCCCGCGGGCCACCCAAUGACACACCACAACGCGAGAAUGACGUGCCACCAAGACACAAAACAGGCCGUUACAAAACCGAUGAACAUCUUCAACACGCUAGGAAACAAAUUGCAGGCCAACACGCCAACAACCCCCAAACCAUAGGAGAACCGUCGCGUAGCCACCAGAUCCCAGACAUUGUCGCCAGCGCCCCGCCGCCCAAACCCCCCCCGGACUAA